AUGGAGCCAGGUGCUCACAUCACCUUUGUGUCUAUUCCUACUGGGGGCAAUGAUCUCAAAAGGAUUCACUUCUGCCGAGACAUGUUUGAUAAGCCGCGAGCCCAGAGGUUGUGGGCUGAGAAUUACGACAAGAUCAGGGAGCUUCAUAAUAUCCAGAAUUUAAAUCAACAUGUUUUCAACACUCCUGCAAGGUCUGAUGAUGAUGAGAACUCGGGGGAAUCUGAACAAGAUAUCCCAAUGGCUUCAAUGCUGAACAUGGAUUCGACUCCGGGGAAUUUCCAUGCACCCGCUGGGAAUAUGGGGUAUUUCCAUGGUGGGAUAUCAAGGGCUAACAACCCUACUGACAAUGACAUGGAUGCUGAAUGGGUUGAGCAGGAUGAUCCUGGAGUGUCAAUCACUUUGAAGAGGUCAGCUAAUGGGACCAGGCAAAUUCGCCGUAUCAAAUUCAGCUGGGAAAUUUUUGAUGCAGAUGCAGCCAAGGAUUGGUGGCUGCGCAACAGGGUUCGAGUUCAUGCUCAGCAUAUGUGA